AUUUUAGCAAUUGUAAAGAGCGGUUCCAUAGUAAAAGAUACUUAGUGCGAGUGUUAAUGUUCAAUUUUUGCGGUUUCAAUUUUGGUCAUUGACAGUUUUCUUUCACUUUUCGUGUGCGUUUCUAGUGUACAAAAAAGGAAAAUAGAACUACGACCAUUGUCCGUUAACAAGCAACAUCCCGCCCGCAGCAGCAUCGUUUACAAUUUUUGUGUGUGUGCAUAACAUAAAUUCUCUACAUACGCUUAUAUUAUCAGCGUUAUAUCCAUUCUGUGUUGAUUGCUAAAAGUUUAACGAGUGAGGCGUGAGAGAGAAAAAACGUAACGCACAUCAAAAUGGCUGUUAUCUUACAUGAAGUUUAUGACUGGUACAGAGAUCUCAUGGACAAUCGAAGUGAUUCACGUGUCAGAGAUUGGCCCAUGAUGUCAUCACCAUUCCCCACCUUAGCACUCUGCGUAUUCUAUGCUUACUUCAGCAAAUCACUGGCGCCGCGUUUGAUGGCGAAACGAAAAGCAAUGGAUCUGCGCAAAGUACUCGUUUACUAUAAUCUGAUGCAGACAUUAUUUAGUGCGUGGAUCUUCUAUGAGUACUUAAGAAGCGGCUGGUGGGGCCAUUACAGUUUCAAAUGUCAACCUGUCGAUUACUCUACUAAUCCAAUGGCGAUGCGUAUGGCACGUGUUUGUUGGUGGUAUUACAUUUCAAAAUUCACAGAAUUCUUUGAUACGAUAUUCUUCAUAUUGCGUAAGAAAACUGCACAUGUAUCAACGUUGCAUGUCAUACAUCAUGGCUGCAUGCCCUUCUCCGUAUGGAUGGGCAUGAAAUUUGCGCCAGGUGGUCACAGCACAUUCUUUGCGCUGCUCAACACAUUUGUACAUAUUGUUAUGUAUUUCUAUUAUAUGAUUGCCGCUAUGGGCCCUAAAUAUCAGAAAUACAUUUGGUGGAAGAAAUACCUUACUACCUUCCAAAUGGUACAAUUUGUCGCCAUUUUCACCCAUCAAUUUCAAUUACUCUUCAGAGAGUGUGAUUAUCCUCAAGGAUUUAUGAUUUGGAUUGGCCUACAUGGCGUUAUGUUCCUGUUCCUCUUCUCUGACUUUUAUAAAACCAAAUAUACAAAUAAGACAGCAGUGAAGGCCAAUACAAAUGGUUAUACUAAAAUAUCUGCUGCUGAUGCUGCGACUGCAACGGCGAAUGGCAAAUGCAUAUCAGCCAGUAAUGGUGAUUUGUCCAAUCAUCUGGUGGCGUCCAAUGAUAGCAAUAAGGGUGCUUGCAUGCCCGUCCUAGACGAAGAAGUCGAGACUAUCAAACCAAAUCAUCACCUAACCAAUGGCUAUAAGAAUGGCUUUGCCAAUGGUCAUGCUUUCAAAGAAGGCGACGGUGUGCUAUCAACAAAUGAUGCUAUACUUAAUCCCGACAGCAGUAGCUCUAGUCUACACCAGCGUAAAGUCAAAUAAAGCAUAAAGUGUGUAACAAAUAUUUAAAAUCAAAACAAAAACAAAAGAAAUAAACAAAAAAAAAAAAACAAACAAAAACAAAUAAUAAACCAAGCAAAGGAUAGUUAGUAACUAAGUAAUAUACAUAUAUGUACAUAUAUGUAUGUAUAUAUUAUUAAUUAAAGAAAAUUGAUUAUUUUUUAAAUAUACAAGAAAAUUAUAUAUUUAAUAAUUUAAAUCGAGUAUAUAUGUAGAUGGAGAUUUUUUUAUAUACAUAUAUAUGUACAUAUAAAUGAAAUUGUGUAUUUAAAAAAAGUUGGCAAAAGAAAACAAAAGGAAAAUAGCAUAAAUAAAUUAAAAUUACUAUAACAUAAGCAGCAACAUUGAAGAAGAAUUAGCAUAUGCUCUAAGUUCUAAUACUAUUAGUAUACAUACAUAUGUAUAACUAGAACUAGAUACUAGUAUCACCAAGUUGUUCAAACAAUUUGCAGUAGAUAUAUGUAUUUAAUGCAAAAGAAAACAAAAGAAAAGAAAAAAAACCCACAAACAAACAAACAAAACCAAGCAAAGCAAAAAGCAGAAAAUAAAAAAAAACUAUUUCUUUUAAGAAAAUUUAAUUGCAAGUAAAAUUGAAAAAAUAAAAACUUAAUUAAGUACAUUUAUUAGGUGUUAAAAAAGGAGUAUCAACUGCGCGUCUGCUUUCUUGUGUAAACAGUUGGUAAGGAAUUAUGUAUGUAUAGAUAGGCAGGAAAAACAUGAAAAGAGUCAAAACAAUUUUUAUUGUUAUUAAUUUGUAGGCACGUAAGAAAUUAAGAAAAAUGAAGAAAAAACAAUUUUACAUUCUCCAAACGCAUAAAUUUUGUAAAAAAAAUUUACAUAUAUACAUAUGUAUAUUUAAAAUAUUUAUAAAGAAACAGAAAACAAGCGAAUCUUAAAGUUUUACAUCUAAAAAAAAAAAACAAAACAAAAACCCAACAACUCAGCAACAACAGGGAAACAAAAUUGACGUCUAUAACUAUUGUUAAACAAUAACUAUUACACUACUAUUAUAUAUUUAUGUAUGUACAUUAUACUACAACAAUGCAACAUUUACUACCAAUCGUCACUACAACCACCAAGCGUUGAAGAAAACAAAAAAAAAACAAAAUGGAAAAAUUAUACUUUUUAGUAUCUACCACUGCUUUAUGGUACAGUAAUAAAUAUAAUAGUUAAUUACACUGUGGCAUGUGCGUUGUUAAACACUUGCAAUGUUAUAGACUUCACCCGCAGUCAUUAAGGAAUGGUGCCGUUCGAUUAUUGCAACUUAUUUAAUAGUGUUUGAUAGCGCGCAUGCGUAGUGUGAUUGCUUACGUUUACCUUAUAAACAACCAUAUAAUUACUUAUUUGUGCUAUACAUACAUACAUACCUAUGUAUGUAUAUAUGAAAAGUCAAUAUUGCAAAUUUUUUUAUAUCCCAUUACAUAAAAAGGAACACAAAGCAAAUACAAAAUGAAGAAUAAAAACAAAAAGCAAAUGUCAAGCACACACAGUUUUAUGUAUACACAUUUAUAUAUACAUACAUAUGUUUAUGUUGCGAAAAUAUAUAUAUAUAUUUUUUUUAGGAAAAAGGAAACUAAGCAUAUUAGAUUUUGUAUAGUAAGACGGAAGUGGUAUUCUAUUUUAUGGACAAAUAAAAGUAACUAAUGAACAAACUAUUUAUAAAUGUUAUGAUAAAUACCUAAAAUAUACAUACAUAUAUACAAAAAUAAUUAGUUAGCCGCAUUCUAUUAAUCAAUAUAGUGUCGUUUGUAUAUGAUUGAUAUAUACUAUACAUAUAUGUAUGUACUACGUUUGCAGAUUGUGCGUUUGUGUGCAUGUGUACAUACAUACAUAUGUACAACUAUAUUAUUUAAAUACAUAUGUGCGUGUAUGUAUUGUAAGUACGAGUAUAUAGUAUGAAAAUGUACGUAGUUAGCAAGAAUGUAAUUUUAUAUAUUAUAUAUACAUAUAUGUAUGUAUGUAAUAGGUAAAUUAAUGCUUAAACGCUUUUGUUCUUUUUUUUAUCAAAUGUAAACUGUUAUCUAGCAAAAAAAAAGGAUAUAUACUAUUUUGUAACUCUAAGCUUUGGGAAUUUCGUAUAAGCGAAUAUUUUAUUGUUUUCGUUUUCUAUAAGCAAUACAAUCGAUUUUUUUGGUAUUUUAUUUUUCUUAUAUUUUAUAUACGCACAUACUUUGACAUAUGUAUAUAAUAUAUUUCUACGUAUUAUACACUGUAUUAUCCAACUGCAAUGGUUAUUGGUAGUAAUUUUGUUUUUGUUUUUAUGUACUUUUCAAUUUAAUUCUUUUUUCAUUUAAAUUUUAUACAAACUUUUUUUUUUUUUGGUUUUUGUAGAGAACAACAAUGUUACAUACGUAUUGCUACGCUUAAUUAUUUUAUUUGCAUACUUUUGUAAGGUUAAAUGUGCCUAAUGUGUCUACUUUAUAUUGUACUUUUGUAAAGUUACUUAGUGUAAUUCUGUUUCUUUGAAUAAAACUCAUGAAUCCAUUAAGAAAUCGAAAAGAAAA